ACCGACCUUCACAAUGUCACUACGAACCCUCGCGCUCAGCACGCUGCUUGCCGCCACCACCACCGCGCUGGUGUCGCAGGACGGAAAAACUGGAAAGCUCCCAGCUUUGGGAUUUAAUUCCUGGAAUGCGUUCAGAUGCGAUAUCCACGAGAACAAGUUCCUGAUCGCGGCGCAGGAAAUGGUUGAUCUCGGCCUGAAGGACGCCGGCUACGAAUACGUCAACAUCGACGACUGCUGGUCGCUCAAGGAGCGCGACAACGUCACCCAGCGGAUCAUCCCGGACCCGGAGCGGUUUCCGGAGGGAAUCGCUGGCACCGCCGAGAAGGUCCAUGCCCUCGGCCUGAAGCUCGGGAUCUACUCCGAUGCCGGCACACUGACUUGUGCUGGCUACCCGGGCUCCCUCGGGUACGAGGCCGUUGAUGCGCAGACGUGGGAGGAGUGGGGCGUUGAUUAUCUCAAGUACGAUAAUUGCAAUGUUCCGGCUAACUGGACGGAUGUGUAUCAAUACUGGCCCGAAUACUGGUACGGCACGUACGAGAACCAGACCGGCGGUACGCCCGCCCCCGCCGGCUACGACUUUAGCAAAUCGCUGAGUGCCGAGCGCUACCACCGCAUGCGCGAUGCGCUCCGUGCCCACGAGGGUGAAUCCUCGAUCCUGUACUCGCUCUGCAACUGGGGCCACGCGCACGUCGAGCGCUGGGGCAAUGAGACCGGGCAGAGCUGGAGGAUGUGGGGCGACAUCGUGCCGCAGUGGGAUCAGCAACUGGAUUGGUCGUGGGGAUUUAUGCCUAUUGUGAACCACGGCAUCUUCUUCCUCGAGUGGAGCGGCUUCUGGGGCCACAACGACCUCGACAUGCUCGAGGUCGGCAACGGCAACCUGACCGCGGAGGAGACACGCACGCACUUUGGCCUGUGGGCCGCGCUCAAGUCGCCACUGCUGAUUGGCACUCCACUCGACGCCAUAACAGAGGCAGACCUCGCCGUGCUCAAGAACUGGGAGAUCCUCGCGUUCAACCAGGACAAUGCGUGGGGGGCGCCAGCGCUGCCCUACAAGUGGGGGAUCAACCCGGCGUGGACGUGGAACCAGACGCACCCAGCCGAGUACUACUCCGGCGGGUCGACGCGCGGGAUCCACGCGUUCAUCGUGAACACGCUCGACCACACGGUUUCCAAGGCGGCGAACUUUGCCGAGAUCCCCGGGCUCGACGCGAAGAAGACCUACGAGGUCAGAGAUAUGUGGACUCACAAGAAACUUGGGAGCUACAAGAAGAAGUUUGAGUUCAAGCUUAAGGCUCAUGAUACUGCCGCGCUGCUGUUCACUGAGAAGGGCGGGAAGCACCCGCAUCCGGGAAAUCUUCCGCUGCCGGAUAUUUACAAGGGGAAGCCGAAGAGGUGGGUGCAGCCCGAGUUGAAGAAAUAGAUGGCUGGAUGAUGAGAGACGAGGAAAUGUGUAUGUAAGUAUGGUACUCUAUGUAGUAAUGUCAAUCCAGGAACUACGAGGUCGAGGAUCGAUACAAACAAAAUCAUGACACCGUGCAGAAAG